AUGUCCAAGCAAGUCAAAAAGGGAGACAAACAAGCCUUGAAAUCCACAGGAAUCCACAACGAGACAUGUGAUCUGAGGAGGCUUCAGGCACUGCUCGCCAAAAGCAGUCCCAAACGAGAGGUGAAAGAAAACAAAGCACGCCAUUUUGAUGAUGAUACAAAGCAGCUCGUGUUUCUUCAGGUGUUGAGUCACAACAAAGCAGACGGCAACGGAUUCCACAGCCCGCACCCUCCCAACCACAGCUGCGCGGAAGAAUCUGAGCUGGAUAAAUUCAGCUUGACGUACCGAGAAAUGAGAUGUUUUAGCAGUCACCCGCUACAAAAGCUCUUUGCCAACAUUCUGACGUUACUGGUCAAAAACCGCCUCUGCAGUCAUUGGAUGGAAGUGGCGCCACCUGAUUGGGCCCUCGGAGUGUUGUUGUGCCUACGCUUGCUUAUUAGAGAUCCUCAGCAUCAGAAAAUGUUCCAUCAUCUCCAAGGCGUCCAUUCACUCGCCAGGUAUAUGAAGUAUGUUGCUGACAUGUCCUUCGCAUCUGGCCAACCAGCACUAGCUGCACAAUCACUUGUCACCAUGACCUACAUGUGUCAGAAGUUGACUGCUGUAGACGAUCAAAGGUUGAUUGAAAGCGGCGUUCACACGACGCUGGUGAAGCUGCUUUCCAGCUCAGAUAGUGGUGUACUGCUUGGAGCUCUAACAGCACUCACCACCUUAGCUGAAAGUCCACAGUGUAGAGAGCCAAUUGGAGAGCUGAUCCUGGUGGAGAAUUUAGUCCACAUUCUACAGGACUGUGACUAUCCAUUCAAGAGGAUGGCCGCCGAGCUUCUGAGGCUGGUCUCCCAAGUGGGUCGCGUCAGAGACGAACUGAGGGAUGUCGAGGCGGUUCCGGUACUGCUCAGCCUGCUGCACAUGCCCCACCUCCGGCUGCUGUGGAGUGUGGCUUGGGUCUUGGUGCAGCUCUGUCAGGACGCCGGCGCUAGGGCGGAGGUGCGCAGCUGGGGAGGCGUGCACAUGUUGCUGAAGUUGCUUAGCAGCAACAAGCAGUUUUUCUGCAACCGCUCAUCUCUCGAGACGCCUACGAGCGCCGACACAACCAGCCAAAAUCGUACGCGGGACGAUACGGAACUUAUUGAAGAGUCCGACAUCGCAGCCGUGCAGUCAGCCUGCUGCACAGCUCUAACCGAGCUCAGCCUGGACGACUCAUGCGCUCAUCACAUCGUGCAGGAAAAUGGAAUCUAUAUACUCGCCAAGCUAAUUUUACCCCAAAUAUCUGGGCCCAAAGUGUCAUCUUUACAGUGUUACGCAUUUCGGGCGCUACGCUUUCUAUUCGGCGUGGAGAGGAACAGAUGUCACUUUAAGAGACUCUUUCCCGCGGAUCUUUACGAGGCCUUCAUUGACGUCGGCCAUUACGUGCGGGACUUGGAGGCCUAUGAGGCUCUUCGAGUCAAAGUGUCGCAGUAUUCUGAGGAAGAGCUGGAGAGCCUUCGAGCGAGCAUCACUGCUGUGGAUCAGAACCAGCCCGCGCUGAAAGUGAUCAACGGCUAUGCGGUACUUGAGCAUCUCGGCACCGGCGCCUUUGGAAGCGUUUUCAAGGCCCGCAAGCAGAACACUGGGAAUCUUCUGGCCCUGAAGGAGGUCAACCUCCACAACCCAGCGUUUGGCAAAGAUAAGAAAUCGCGAGACUGCAAUGUGGAGAAGAUCAUCGCUGAGUUGGCUAUCAUCAAAGAACAGAUGGCCCACCCGAAUAUCGUCAAGUACUACAAGACCUUCCUGCAAGACGACAAGCUGUACAUUGUAAUGGAGCUGAUUGAUGGAGUUCCAUUGCUGGAACGUUGCAAUUCCCUAAAGGAGAAGCGGCAGAGAUUCACAGAGGAAUUAAUAUGGACCAUUUUCAUCCAGAUGUGUCUGGCUCUGAGGUACCUCCACAAGGAUAAGCAUAUCGUCCACCGUGACCUGACGCCGAACAACAUCAUGCUAGGCGACAACCAUAAAGUCACCAUCACUGACUUUGGCCUCGCCAAGCAGAAGCAGGAGAACAGCAAGCUGACCUCGGUGGUGGGAACCAUCUUGUACUCCUGUCCUGAGGUGGUGAAAAACGAGCCUUACGGCGAGAAAGCCGACAUUUGGGCCCUGGGCUGCGUCCUCUUUCAGAUGGCCACUUUGGAGCCGCCAUUUUACAGUGACAACAUGCUUUCGCUGGCCAGCAAGAUCGUGGAGGCCAUUUAUGAGCCCCUGGAAGACGGAGUUUAUUCUGAAAGGCUGGAGGACAUGAUUGCAUGGUGUUUGAGUCCCGACCCAGAGCGGCGUCCAGACAUCGUAGCGGUAGGUUCUCGGAUCGCUGACCUGGCGAUGAUGCGGAUGGACGCUUUGUACGCGUCGCACAAUGCAUUGGAGAGGCGAGCAGAGCGGGAUAGGAAACGGGCGCAGAGGUAUUUCCUGGAAGGACAUCGGGGCGGGAAAACCUGCUCCUGCUCGGUUAGGCCUCAGAAAAACAUCCUGAACUACGACCUUGGGAACUUAGCCGUAGCUGGAUCCAAAUCUUCUGCCCGUGCUGGGAUUUGCGUCUCCCAGAGGAACCUUCGCCAGAUCGAGGACCCCAUCCACAAGCUGCUUGAGCAACUACACAAAGUGCUGUACGUCACUCAGCUUCCGCCGUCAUCUCGUCACGACGUCAAGAGGAGGCUAGUGGAACGAUUUAAAAAGUCCCUGUUCCAGAUCGGCAGCGACCCGCACGACCUGAAGACAGAACUCAGCAAGCUGGCCCAGGGGUCAUGCGAGGUCAUGGAGUCAAGCUCUGCAGGUGCAGAAUGGUGGCCCGUUUCAAUUCCCAUCACAGGGGAUGCCGCUGAAGGCGACAAUCUUCGAGAAGGAGUCACGUAUGAGCAGAUGCAGACAGUGUUGGAGGAGCUGCUGGACGAGAGCGGCUACUACCGAGGCGAGAGCGGCAGCCUGCCCGCCUCCGCUCCAUGUGGCCGCCGCCCGGCCAAUGGAGGAGCUCGUCCGCUACGUAACGCGCUAUCUGGGUCACUAAAACAGGGAAGAUCCCAGCGAGAGGCUGACGAGUUCAUGUUGACGAGCUCGCGAGUCAUGAAUGAAAAGAUCUGGAAUAUUCUGAUCGAUGCCGGACCAUACACGUUUGCUAGUGACAGAUCCCGGGUAGCGUACGCUAUGAGUCUACUUACCGGUAGAGCAGCUACAUGGGCCAUGGCGGGCAGUCUGUCCGCAGCUGACUACUCCGUUCAGUUCCGCAUUUUGGCGGCGGAGUGCGGGUUUGGUGACGCAGCACUGUGUGGAAUUUUUCGGCGAGGGCUGUCUUCUAAAAUCAAAGAUGAGCUGGCUUCCCGGGACGAAUCUUCAAGUCUGGAGGAGCUGAUUUCCUUAUCCGUCUCUCUGGAUGGUCGGCUGAAGGAACGCGAGAGGGAACGGGCCAUGGAGCACCGGGGAUAUCCGUGGUCGUCGCCGAGGGGCUGCCCGACUGCCAUCGGUGAGGACGGCUUCGUUGAGUCACCGGUCGUCCGGGCGCCGUCGCAGAGUCCGGGCUCGAUGAGGGAGGAGUCCAUGCGAAUCGGCGGUGGGCGUCUCUCUGCAGCGGAGCGACGGGGACGGAUGAGAGCAGGUGUGUGUCUGUACUGUGGUUUGCCGGGGCACCGUCUCGCCACCUGUGACGUGAUCCCCUCGCGUCGACCUGGAUCUGCUCCCCCUGGGGUUCGCCUUCCCCGAGGGGGGACAAGGUUCGUGCACGACAACAUCCCAUCAAGGUCGAGGAACGGGAAGCCCGACGCCCUGUCAAGGUUGUAUGAACCAUUGGAGGAGGGUCCUUCGGAUGAGCCGGUGGUGCCAGAGAACCUGAUCGUUGGAGCACUGCGGUGGGAGGUCGAGCGUCUGGUGGAGAAGGCCUUGCGGGGUGUAAGGGUGCCUGGAGGCUGUCCCGUUGGCAAGUUAUUCGUACCAGACGCACAGCGCGCAGGAGUGCUUAAGUGGGGCCACAUUUCGAAGUUUGCCUGUCACCCGGGCGUUUCCCGCACAUACUUUCUUGUGUCACAGAGGUUCUGGUGGCCAGGCAUGCGCAAGGACAUCAUGGACUAUGUCUCCGCGUGUACCAUCUGCGCUCGAGGCAAGGCAGUUCAUCGGCCACCUGCGGGAUUGCUGAAUCCACUCCCUGUUCCAUCUCGCCCCUGGUCUCAUGUUGCACUGGACUUCAUCACUGGUCUCCCACGAUCCAGGGGCCAUUCUGUCAUCUUGACCGUGGUGGACAGGUUCUCAAAGAUGGCACACUUCAUCGCGCUCCCCAAAUUGCCUUCAGCUCUAGAGACUGCUGACCUUUUAGUGACUCAUGUAUUUCGCACUCACGGCAUUCCAUGUGACCUUGUGUCGGAUAGAGGACCACAAUUCAUCUCGCGGGAGCUGGAGGCUGCCCUUCGCUGUGUUUGCCAACUGCAUCCAUCCUCCUGGUCAUCACACCUCCCUUGGGUGGAGUAUGCCCACAACACCCUCGUUUGCUCGGCCACAGGGAGGUCACCAUUUAUGACCGCAUACGGGUUCCAGCCUCCGUUGUUCCCGUCCCAGGAAGCAGAGGUGGUUGUGCCUUCUGUCCAGGUCCACCUGCGGAGGGCCCAUAAAGUCUGGAGGGACGCAAGGGCUGCACUGGUCCGCACAGCAGCCCGCAACCGACAGAUUGCUGAUCGCCACAGAAGGCCUGCUCCAGUCUAUCAACCGGGCCAAAUGGUCUGGUUAUCGACGCGGGAUUUGCACCUUGCGGGGACGUCCAAGAAGUUGGGCCCUAGGUUCGUGGGCCCUUUUGCUGUGGACUCGGUGGUGAACCCCGUCGCGGUCAGGCUGAAGCUUCCUAAUUCAAUGAAGAUUCAUCCAGUCUUCCACGUGUCUCUGCUCAAGCCAGUCUCCACCUGUCCCCUGAACCCUCCGCCAGUGCCUCCUCCUGCUCCUCGUGUGGUCGAUGUUCUCAUUUUGUAA